ACAUAGGGAAACAGGAUCGCUAGGUCAGCAAUCACCAGACGAAUAUUCACCAUGGGCGCGGCAAAGACGGAUUCAACUCUACCGAGAUACAUGACGGCCAUUGUGGCUGAAGGGCCUGGGAAGCUGGCCAUCAAGCACAAUGUGCCAGUGCCAUCACUGGAACGUGGAACGGUGCUGGUGAAGACGGCCGCUGUGGCCAUCAACCCGGCAGACGCAAAGAUGCUUGACUACAGUGCAGCACCCGGGGCCAUCCACGGUUACGACUUUGCCGGAUACAUUGUGGCGCUGGGUGAGGAUGUACCGAGCCACUUCUUCGUGGGCGAUCGAGUUGCCGGAAUUGCGCACGGCGGGAACAAGCUGGCGCCGGGCAACGGUGCCUUUGCAGAGUACGUCUCAGCGUGUGCCGACCUGCUGCUGAAGGUUCCCGAGCACAUGUCCAUCGAGGAUGCGGCAAGCCUGGGGACGGGACUCUCGACGGCGGCGCUCAGCUUCAGUCAGUUGCAUCUCCCUGCCAUCCUCCGCCAGCUGAAGUCAGCGGGUGAGGGUGGUGAGGAUGCCAAGUCCGAAUCGGAUAAAAGUGACGCCGAAUUCGUUCUGGUGGCUGGAGGGAGCACCGCCUCAGGCACACGCGCGAUCCAGCUCCUCAAGUCCGCCGGCUUCAGGCCCAUUGCGACCUGCUCCCCCGCCAACUACGCCCUCGUCCGCCGCUAUGGCGCCGAGGAGGUGUUUGACUACAAGAGCCCGACCUGCGCCGCCGACAUCCGCGCCUACACGGGCAACGAGCUUGCAUUUGCCCUUGACUGCGUCACCCAGGCCGAUACCACCCAGAUGUGCUACCAGGCCCUUGGACGUGCCGGCGGCCGCUACGUCUCCCUCGAGCCCUUCCGCGAUGCUGUAGCUCAGACCCGUAGCCACACUGUGGAACCGAGCUGGGUCAUGGCGCUCGCCAUCUUUGGUCGCGAAGUCGCCCUCGACGGAGAAUAUGGCCGCGCUGCCGACCCCGCAAACCGCGAGUUCGGUGUCGAAGCCUUCGCCGCUGCUCAGGCCCUGAUGAAUAGGAAUCUCCUUCAUGCUCAUCCCGUCAAGGCCAUGUCAGGGGGAUGGCAGGGCGUGGUCAAAGGCGUCGACAUUAUCAGAAGCCGCGCCCAGUCGGGACAGAAGUUAGUAUUCUCGGUAGCUUAGGCAGGGUGGUAUAGAUUAUGGACUCAUCUACGGAGUACUUGCUAUGCUGUUUCGUCUGUCAGUGUCCUAAGGGCUAUUCUUGUUAUAUCCGAAUCUGAUAGAUGAAUUUGACGUUCAAGAGUGUACGAUAAUAGCGUGUGUAUUUGCAUUUUCAAAUCACUCUUCACAGUUUGGUU